GACGCUGACUCAAAACGCUUCUUUCUUUAACAACCACCAGCACACAGGUCAAAAGUCCGAACUUAAAAUGGCGCGAACUAAGCAAACUGCAAGAAAAUCAACCGGUGGAAAGGCUCCAAGAAAGCAACUCGCGACRAAAGCUGCUAGAAAGAGCGCUCCAGCGACUGGAGGCGUCAAAAAACCACAUAGAUAUCGACCUGGUACAGUAGCGCUUCGAGAAAUCAGAAAAUACCAAAAGUCCACCGAGCUGCUCAUUCGAAAGUUGCCAUUCCAGAGACUGAUACGUGAAAUUGCGCAAGAUUUCAAGACYGACUUGAGGUUUCAAAGCUCUGCCGUGCUGGCGCUGCAAGAAGCCGCMGAAGCUUACCUUGUUGGACUUUUCGAGGACACAAACUUAUGUGCUAUCCACGCCAAACGAGUGACAAUCAUGCCUAAAGACAUUCAACUUGCCAGAAGAAUUCGUGGAGAGAGGGCUUGAGAAACUGCAGCAUGGAACUGAACUAUACUGACUUUGGCAAUGUCGAUUUGUAUGUAUAUAGUAUAGCUACAAGUGCAGUGAACUUCUGUUAUCAAUCAAUUUAGUAUUUUGUCUUUAUUUGUAAUCAUCUUUUUGAACAAUAGUGUCGAUUUUUGUCUUUUUCAUUAAAGUGU